UUCACAUAACAUCUACAGAGGACACAUCGCAUCUAGGGUUUGAAAAACCCUAACCGGACCACAGACUGUUACUCCGUGUGAAGAGAGUGCGAGCGAGUCGGAGGGUUUUGGACUCGGAGGAAGUACACCAGGUGCUCGUGCGAGUAGGGAGGAUGAGACUGUCUAGUUUUGUAGUGGCAUCUGCUCCGACUUCCACAUUUCGUGCUAGUGCAUUCUUUGCUCCAGCAGCAGCUGCCUCUUUCACACCUACUUUCACUUCUUCGCUGGUUUCCACUGUUGUGGUGGGAAGCAAUCUCAACCCCGUAUUAAGAGGCCUUCGUCCCCGAUUCGUGCUGCCGAAGCUAAGUAGAGGUGUCUCCUCCUGGACUUCCCCCAUGGCCUCCACUACCACGUCCGUUUCUGAGCCCGUGCCCCCUACUGGUGCUACCGAAAAGAAUGUGGAAAUCCUGGGGAGUGUUCGCCAACAACUCGCCAACCUCAUGAAGGAGUCACUCAGGGCCACUGUCCCCGAGCUGAGUGAAGAGGAACCUGUUGUCAGUGCUUGCAAUAAUGCAAAGCACGGUGACUACCAGUGCAACAAUGCCAUGGGUAUCUUCUCAAAAAUCAAAGGGAAGUCCACAACGUACAAGAAUCCAAAUUCUAUUGGGCAGGCUAUAGCUAAGAAUAUUCCGGAGUCUACCUUCGUGGAGAAGACUAGUAUCGCUGGGCCUGGAUUUGUGAACAUCGUUUUGAGGACAGACUGGAUUGAAAAUAGAAUUUAUCAAAUGCUGGUAAAUGGAGUGGGUACCUGGGCUCCAGUUCUACCUGUGACAAAGGCAGUGGUUGACUUUUCGUCACCAAACAUCGCGAAGGAAAUGCAUGUCGGUCAUUUGAGAUCGACUAUCAUUGGAGACAGUUUAGCGCGAAUGCUGGAAUUUUGCCAUGUGGAUGUGUUACGCCGCAAUCACGUGGGAGACUGGGGAACCCAGUUUGGAAUGCUGAUCGAGUACCUGUUUGAGCAAUUUCCCAAUUGGGAGGAUAUUGGAGAUCAAGCAAUUGGCGACUUGCAGGCGUUUUAUAAAGCUGCAAAGUUGAAGUUUGAUGAUGAUGCGGACUUUAAGGCCAAAGCCCAGCAAGCUGUUGUUUCUCUUCAGGGUGGGGACGAACAAUAUCGAGCAGCCUGGCAAAAAAUUUGUGAUAUCAGUAGACGAGAGUUUGACCAAGUCUACAAACGUCUCCGAGUCACUCUGGAAGAGAAGGGUGAAAGUUUUUACAACCCGUACAUCCCCGAUGUCGUCCAACAACUGAGAGAGAAAAAUCUUAUCGAGGAAAGUGAAGGAGCACAAGUGAUCAAGGUUGAUGGCUUCGAGAUCCCACUCAUUGUAAUCAAGCGCGACGGGGGCUUCAACUACGCAACCACUGAUCUUACUGCUUUCUGGUACAGAAAGAAUGUGGAGAAAGCUGAAUGGAUCAUUUAUGUAACGGAUGUGGGCCAAGCACAACAUUUUGAUAUGGUUUUCAAGGCAUUGAAACUUGCAGGGUGGAUCCCAGAGGAGGGCCAGCUUCCUAAGGCCAAGCAUAUUGGAUUUGGCCUCGUUCUUGGUGCGGAUGGUAAAAGGUUUCGCACGAGGAGCUCGGAAGUGGUUCGCCUCGUCGACCUUCUAGACGAGGCCAAGAACCGGAGUAAAGACGAACUUGUCAACCGAGGUAAGGAUAAAGAGUGGUCGGCUGAAGAGCUUGAAGCCGCUUCAGAAGCACUCGGUUACGGUGCUGUGAAGUAUGCUGACUUGAAAAACAAUCGUCUAACAAACUACACUUUUGACUUCGAACAAAUGCUCGAUGUCCGGGGUAAUACUGCUGUCUAUCUGUUGUACACACAUGCGCGUAUUUGCUCCAUUUUACGGAAUUCGAAGAAAGAUAUCGAAGAGUUGAAGAAGUCGAACUCACUUGCGUUGACCCACCCUAGUGAGCGACAGCUCGGAUUACAUCUCGUCAGAUUUGCUGAGGUUGUCGAGGACUCUGUGACCAACUUCCUGCCGAACGCUCUAUGCGAGUAUCUCUACAGUUUAGCGGGGAUGUACACAGAGUUUUACACCAAUUGCAAGGUUAUAGAGUCCGAGGAGGAAACAAGUCGGUUGCUUCUAUGUGAAGCCACAGUGGUUGUCAUGCGAGCAUGUUUCAGCCUUCUUGGCAUCACUCCUCUGUAUAGGCUGUAGGAAAGUUCUUAUAUAUUUUUCCCUGGGUGGUACCGGCUCAAGGAUUCAAAGAUUCAAAAUAUUAAAGACAUCAACUCUCUUAUUCAUCGUCGCUAUUCACGGACGAUGGAUACCAUCUAUACUGUGGGAAAUAUCACCUUCAAAAUUGUAAAAUUCAGGGUAGAGAUGGGAUGUAAGACCUCGUUAGGGCAGUCCUCAACUAAAGAGGUCUUUACAUAAAGGUCCAUCAUUUCAAAGUCACUUGACGUUUCAACUUUGUUUUGUUACUGGUGGAAAGACGUUCAUACUUCAUAUCUGUAUGGUUUUUUACUUUAUGUAUCUAAGCAA